AUGUCGAUUCGCUUCCACAAGGGACCGUCCAUCAUCACGCUCUUCCACGACGCGAGCUCGUCAACCUCCAAACAGGUACUCCAGCUCCUCUCGUCGUACAACAGCAAUCCGCACCAUCCCACGCCUUCCCAAGCAUCCACCUCCUCCAGCGGCACCGGAGGUUCGCACGGCGAGUCCUGCGUGAUCGAAGCCAACGGCGCCGGAGCUGACGCCAACGCCUACCUGCGUCAAGCCGCCUCGGAUCCCCCUCGUUCCCCCCUCAUCCAGCUCGAAGUCGUCGACCGUCGCGCCAACCCCCCGACACCCGACCAGCUGCGCAGCAUCGUCGACUACCUCGCCGCCGACACCGACCCCGACGCUGCAUCCAAGAAGGAAGCCAACUAUACAAGCAGUGGAUUCGACCUGAACGAGCAUCAGAGGCGCAAGAAGGCGCUGGCACAGCAUCUGAGCGCCGAGGAGGGCAAGGGCAUUAGCGGCAUGCCCAAGAUCAAAGAUGGGCCGCUCGUCGUCAAUUGGGACGAGGGAACCGCAGCUACCUCGCUCGAUGGUGUCAGACAGAUGCUCCACCGUCUCGAGUCGACGCGUAAAGAGGACAAGAGCGGAAAGGAUGAUUCAUCGUGUGUUGUUUGUUGA